AUGCUGGAGAUCGGGCUCAAGUACGGCGACUCGCUGAAGCUGUGGAAGCGGGCGUUUCCUAGAGGCAGAAUCUACGGCAUCGACAACGGAGUAAUUUCCAAGAAGCACCAGGCGGAGGCGAGGGACCCGCGGGUGCGGCUGAUGGUGGGCAACCAGGCGAAUGGGACGUUCCUGGAGCAAGUGGUGGCUGAGAUAAAGAGUGCGGUGGGUCUGCUUGACUUCAUAGUGGACGAUGGUGGUCACACCAUGGAUCAGCAACAGACAUCCCUCAAACACCUCCUUCCUCUUGUCAAGGUACCUUAG